CACUGAUGGCGCAGUGGCGAGGCGGCAAGAGAAGGAGGGAGGCCUUCAGAGUGGCUUUGAAUAUUUACGAUCUUACAACAACAUCGAUUCACAACGAAUGCAGCGACAGGCCCCACAAAUAUUAAUCUUCUCCAAAGUCCACGAAACGGCGAUGGAGUGUUACCUGAAGUGAAGAUUGAGGACGUGAUAGAAGAUGGACGACUACUGCUAUGCUAAGAUGGCGACGUCAUGUCAAAGAGAAAGUGAAAGAGAAUCAGCAACGGAGAAAAAGACGAAAACCGAAGACGAGGAUGUCCAGCAGCUGAUUGGUCAUCCAGAAAAACGUCUUCCUCAGUCAGGGGGGAACUCCACUUUGAAGCAGGAGACUCCACAGCCACCUCGCAUUAAAAAAGAAGAGGAGGAACUCUGGAUCACUCAGGAGGGAGAAUCUCUUCUAGGAGUGCAGGAGGCUGAUCUCACCAAGUUGCCACUGACUGUUGUCUCUGUGAAGAUUGAAGAUGAUGAAGAGAAACCACAAGUAGACAACCUCUUAGCUCCACUCUCAGAUAUUGAGGUUGAAGAACCUUUGAGCAGCGAUAUAAACUUUAAAGACAUCCAGCAGCUGAUUGGUCAUCCAGAAGAACUUCCCUUUCAAUUCGGGGAGCGCUCCACUUUGAAGAAGGACAGUCCACAGCCAACCACCUUUGAAAAGGAAGAGGAGGGAGAGUGUCUUCUAGGACCACAGGAGGCUGAUCUCACCAAGUUGCCACUGACUGUUGUCUCUGUGAAGACUGAAGAUGAUGAAGAGAAACCACAAGCAGACAACUUCUUAGCUCCACUCUCAAAUAGUGAGACUGAAGACGAGGUUGAAGUAACUAUGAGCAGCGAUACAGAAUCUGAAGGUGACGUGAGGACUCACACCUACACCAAACACUCUGAAUGCUCUAAAAACAAGAGCGGUGCAAAGCCUUUGAGCUGCUCAGUUUGUUCUAAAAUCUUUGCUCGAGAGCGAGGUUUGUCUCAACACAUGAGAACACACACCGGAGAAAAAACAUUUGAGUGUUCUGUAUGUGGUAAAAACUUUAGUCAAAAAAACAAUUUGACUCAACACAUGAGAACGCACACGGGAGAAAAACCAUGUAUUUGUUCCGUUUGUGGCAAAAGCUUUUCCCAAAAUGGCAAUUUGACUCAACACAUGAGAACGCACACUGGAGAAAAACCAUGUAUUUGUUCCGUUUGUGGCAAAAGCUUUUCCCAAAAUGGCAAUUUGACUCAACACAUGAGAACACACACAGGAGACAAACCAUUUAGUUGUACGGUUUGCGGUAAAAGCUUUUCUCGAAAAGCCAGUUGGACUCACCACGUAAGAACGCACACGGGAGAAAAACCAUUUAAUUGUUCAGUUUGCGGUAAAAGCUUUUCUCGCAAAGGCAAUUGGACGUUACACAUGAGAACACACACGGGUGAAAUAACAUUCAAUUGUUCUGUUUGUAGUAAAAGCUUUUUUUAUAGGAGCAAUUUGACAAAGCACAUGAGGACGCACACAGGAGAAAAAACAUUUAGUUGUUCAGUUUGUGGUAGAUGCUUUUAUCAUAAUAGCAAUUUGACCCUACACAUGAGAACUCACACAGGUGAAAAAACGUUUAAUUGUCCUGUUUGUGAUAAAAGCUUUUUUCUAAAAGGCAAUGUGACCCAACACAUGAGAACACACACCGGAGAAAAAAUAUUUAAUUGUUCAGUUUGCGGCAAAAACUUUUCAUAUAAGAGCAGCUUGACUCUGCACAUGAGAACACACACAGGGGAAAAACCAUAUAAUUGUUCGGUUUGUGGUAAAGACUUUUCCCAAAAGGUACGAUUGACUCAACACAUGAGAGCGCACACUGGAGAAAAACCAUUUAGUUGUUCAGUCUGCGGUAAAGGAUUCUGUCAUAACGCACACGCAGUAAGACACAUAAAAACACACUCGGGAGAAUAACCGAUCAGCUGUUUGGUUUGUGGUAUGUUGCUCAUAUGUGGCCACAUCCAUCCAAACUCAGGACCUUUUAAAAAAAAGUUCACUGCUUCUUUUACAAAUCUCGGAGGUCGUCAUACAAAUUAGUAUUACCUACUCAUCUCCUCAUGAACACUUUGUAUAAUUUGUUUGAACAUUUCAUUCGUUCGAGAAACUUGCUUGUUCUAUUUGAUUUCAUGCUAAAGUCUACUAUGUUCACGUCGGUUAAGUUUGAGUUUAAGUUACCUUGAUUUUGGUCAUUCUGAUAGCUGCUUUGUUGUAAUAUUUGAACGGGGAGAAAUGAAUGUGUUGUGGCAUUUGCGGGUGUCAGCGGCGGCUUGAGGAAACACUCGCUUGCUUUUCCAAACAGGUCUCUAAUGGUGAACUACCAACGUGAGGAUGCGAAACAAGAAGUCCUUGAAUGUUAAUGGUGUUGUUAAUACCCUGAGACAAAUUAGUUCAUAUUGUUAUUUGUGUUGUUUUUAAAACGGCAGCCAUUUGUAUUAAUAUUCAGCUAAGUUGAAGUGUUUUGCCAAAUUAUAUCUAAUGAUACAUUUUUAGAAUGUGCUUGUUCUAUUUUUCGCCAAAGUAAGACAAAGAAGACAAGUUGUCUUUAUUUUUAAGUUUUAAAGUCAUAAAUCCGAUUAGGAAGACAAUUUUAGAUUUGGAAGGUGAUCCCAGGAUUUUUGUUUAAAUUAAAUAUGGUUAUUUCAGUUAGUAAACGUUGUUAACUAAAAUACUAUAAUACAUGUACCCUAUAUAUAUAUAUAUAUAUAUAUACAUUUAAAAUCUCCUGACAAUUGAGGGAACCCCUCAUGAAACAGUUCUGUAGAGAUGAAGUAGUCUUUUAAUUUUUCCCACUCAUACAUAUAUAUAUAUAUAUAAACACACACACACACACACACACACACACACAGUGGGGCAAAAAAAGUAUUUAGUCAGCCAACGAUUGUGCAAGUUCUCCCAUUUAAAAUGAUGACAGAGGUCUGUAAUCUUCGUCAUAGGUACACUUCAACUGUGAGGGACAGAAUCCAGGAAUUCACAUUGUAGGAAUUUUAAAGAAUUUAUUUGUAAAUUAUUGUGGAAAAUAAGUAUUUGGUCACUUCAAACAAGGAAGAUCUGUGGCUCUCACAGACCUGUAACUUCUUCUUUAAGAAGCUCUUCUGUCCUCCACUCGUUACCUGUAUUAAUGGCACCUGUUUGAACUUGUUAUCUGUAUAAAAGACACUUGUCCACAGCCUAAAACAUUCAGACUCCAAACUCCACUAUGGCCAAGACCAAAGAGCUGUCGAAAGACACCAGGAAAAGAAUUGUAGACCUGCACCAGACUGGGAAGAGUGAAUCUACAAUAGGCAAGCAGCUUGGUGUGAAUAAAUCAACUGUGGGAGCAAUCAUCAGAAAAUGGAAGACAUACAAGACCACUGAUAAUCUCCCUCCAUCUGGGGCUCCACGCAAGAUCUCGUCCCGUGGGGUCAAAAUGAUCAUGAGAACGGUGAGCAAAAAUCCCAGAACCACACGGGAGGACCUGGUGAAUGACCUGCAGAGAGCUGGCACUAAAGUAACAAAAGUUACCAUCAGUAACACACUACGCUGACAGGGAAUCAAAUCCUGCAGUGCCAGACGUGUCCCCUGCUUAAGCCAGUGCAUGUCCAGGUCCGUCUGAAGUUUGCCAGAGAGCACAUGGAUGAUACAGCAGAGGAUUGGGAGAAUGUCAUGUAGUCAGAUGAAACCAAAAUAGAACUUUUUUGGUAUAAACUCAACUCGGCGUGUUUGGAGGAAGAAGAAUACAGAGUUGCAUCCCAAGAACACCAAACCUACUGUGAAGCAUGGGGGUGGAAACAUCAUGCUUUGGGGCUGUUUUUCUGCUAAGGGGACAGGACGAUUGAUCCGUGUUAAGGAAAGAAUGAAUGGGGCCAUGUAUCCUGAGAUUUUGAGCCAAAACCUCCUUCCAUCAGUGAGAGCUUUGAAUGGUUGACCAAAUACUUAUUUUCCACCAUCAUUUACAAAUAAAUUCUUAAAAAUUCCUACAAUGUGAAUUCCUGGAUUUUUUUUUCACAUUCUGUCUCUCCCAGUUGAAGUGUACCUAUGAUGAACAUGACAGACCUCUGUCAUCAUUUGAAGUGGGAGAACUUGCACUUGAAAUUAUGGAGUAAAUACUUUUUUGCCCCACAUAAACAAUGUAUGAAAACAUUAGAUAUCUCUAUAUCUUAGGGACCAAGAGACUGUAACUCUGUUGCUGCGGCAGCAGAGACUUUAUUCUGUCUCGACACUUUGUAUUGAUAUUUUCAAUUGCAUUCUUCCCUUAAAUGAUCAUGUUUACAGUGAUUGUUUUAUAUGUAUUUUUUUAAUGUAUGUCGCUUUGGAUAAAAGCGUCUGCCAAAUACGUAAACAUAAACAUAUAUAAACACCUGAAAGUCUUUAUAUCAGCCAAUCUGUUUCAUCGGAUUCAGAAUAAAACCAAAUUCUGUCUUACCCAACAAUGUUAGUAUUUGAAUAUUGUUACUUGAAGACUUAUUCCUGGUUACAAUCAUACUGCUAAGAAAGUAUUGACUUAUACUUUGCUUAAAAUGAAAAUGCAUCAUAUUCAGUGGUGGAUGGUGAUUUUUGUUUUAGGUGGGCCUGAAAGUUUGCAAACCAAACAAAGAAAUCCUCCCCCAGAAGAUUUCUUUGUGAUUUUCACAUUUUUGUGCAUUCUGACAAAAUAUCCAUCCAUCCAUUUCCUACCGCUUGUCCGUUUCAGGAUCGCAGGGGGUGCUGAAGCCUAUUAAUGAAGACAAAAAGAAAAUGUCAUAGGUUUGCAGCAAACUAUAUACAAUAUUCACACUGAAGGCAUGACUCCACCAUAUGUUUGCAGAGAACUAUUUACAAUAUGCACACACUCUUCUCACAAAAUACAACCAAUAGUACCUUAAUGUUAAAUAUUACUUGUGCAAAGUAAUCCUCCGAUUUCCUAUUUUCAACAGUCCGCUCAUUUGAGCAGGAAAACGCUGAAAACCACCAGCCUGGCAUCUUUGUUGUCUACCUGUCAACUGUCAGUUUAGACCAGUGGUUCUCAACCUUUUUUCAGUGAUGUACCCCCUGUGAACAUUUUAUUCAUUCAAGUACCCCCUAAUCAGAGCAAAGUAUUUUUGGUUGAAAAAAGAGAUAAAGGAGUAAAACACAGCACUAUGUCAUCAUUUUCUGAUUUAUUAAAUUGUAUAACAGUGCAAAAUAUUGCUCAUGUGUAGCGGUCUUUCUUGAACUAUUUGGAAAUAAAAGAUAUAGAAAUAACAAAAAACUUGUGGAAAAAUAAACAAGUGAUUCAAUUAUAAAUAAAGAUUUCUACACAUAGAAGUAACCAUCAACUUAAAGAGCCCUCUUUGGGGAUUGUAAUAGAGAUCCAUCUGGAUUCAUCAACUUACUUCUAAACAUUUCUUCACAAAAAAAAAAAAUCUUUAAAGGGGAACAUUAUCACAAUUUCAAAAGGGUUAAAAACAAUAAAAAUCAGUUCCCAGUG